AUGGCCAUGGUUAUGGGUUCCAAGAGCCCUCCUCUCCUCCUCAGCCUCGCCUACCUGCUCUGUGUCUGUGUUGCCCAUGUCACCUCGCUUAGCUUCGACUACAACUUCUCCAUCCCCGGCGUCCUCAACAGCGCUAACAUCAAGUACAUGUCUGACGCCACUCCUGGCAGCGAUCGGAUCGACCUGACGAACGACACGAUCUGGAGCACCGGCCGUGUGGCGUACGGGCAGCCGUUGCAGCUCUGGGACGACACCGGCAACGUCGCCAGCUUCACCUCCAACUUCACCCUCGCUAUCAAGCCGCACAACAGCACCAACCAGGCAACAGCAACUAUCCAAAGAACUUCUAAUUAA